AUUAAAUAAGGUUUUAUAAAUAGCAUUGUCAUACAAAAGAUAAGGAUCAUCUUAUUAGACAAACUCUGACAUGUUUAUUUUAAAUCAGGUUGUGGAGGAGGACACACAUAUAGAUAGUGUUACCCCUAGUAAGAAGAAGAAACGUACAAGGGAGAUAAUAGAAGAGGAAGAGGACGAGGACAAGGAAGAAGGAGAAAACGGUAACAAUGAAUCGGCUGAAAUUUUUAAAUCAAGAAACAUCAUAGGUGAUGAUACUAGUUUUGUUCUUUCAGGCUCUAAGGUGAACAGAACAAGCAAGGGUGGAAUGAAGAUAGCUGAGGACUCAAGCAAGGGAGCUCGUGGGAACGAUGAGAGUACUAUGCGUCGUUUUCAGACACAGGUUCUGUCAGACGAUGAUGAAGAAGAUGACAUCCUCACCAUUACCCAACUGUUGAGACUUAAGAAGAAGUAGUGCUGUAAAGAAUAUUGGAGGAGAUACUUCUGAACGGAUUGGUAAAAGAAGUAGACUUGAGGCGGAUAGUAUUGAUUCGGGGCCUUGUCAAAAGCUUGAUUUGAUAAGAGAUGAAACUGUACAAUCACCAGAAAUAGAACAAAGGAAUAAAGAGACUGAUGAAACUGGAAGCAUGUUAAGGAAGAAUGUUGUAUCAGCACCAGAGACAAGUCUCUGUGAUGUUGAGCUUAAUGUAUAUGGAAGCAAUGCAGAGAAGAAGACUAUGAUCGAUGAUGACAACGAGGAACCAAAGUGUUUGCCCCAUGAAGAUGGUACCAUAACUAGAGAAAUGGUGAGAUCAGAUAAGAAGUGUUGCAGUGAAGCUGAGAAGGAAGAUGCUGAUGGAAGGAUCAAUGAGAAGGUGCUAGCAUUAAAGGCAGACAACAAAAUAUCCAAACCUCAUCAAAAGCUUGCUUCUGGAUGCGCUAAUGGAGAUAAAACAAGCAAAGCAUAUCAGCGUAAGGUUCUAAAGCCAUCUGAUGGUGAUCAGGGACAGGCUUGUUUGCGUCAUGGAGAUGGCAUCGGAAGUGAAGAAACUAUGAAAUCCAAUGAGCAGUUAAAGGUUUUUGAAAAGAGAAACAAUGAUUUGGGUGAGGGUGAUAAUGACACCACUGAAAAGAGAUUUCAAAAGCUGUAGGUGCUGGCAUUGUCAUUAGAGGAACGUAUUAUCAAGGCAGAAAGAACUGUGGAAUGGUUGAACGAAAGGAGAGCCAUGAAACAGAGAAAAAUAGCAGCACCUCCUUUGAGUUAUGUUGUUUUGGACUGAUAAAGAAGUGAU